AUGAAUAUAUUAAUUUUAAAACAAUUAUUUAAUGAUAAACAACAAAAUCUAUUUGAUGAACAAGCACUUUUAAAACAACAUGAAGAUUCUUUACGUAAACGACGUGGUCAUAUACAACAACUUAAAGCAGUUAAACAAGAUCGUGUUACAAUUUAUGGAUGUUAUACACUUGCAAUUCUUAAAGAAAUUGAAAAACAAGCUUAUAGAUUUAAACAAAUACCGAUUGAACCUGUUGGUAAACAUACUUGUCUUAUUGAUAUAAAAUGGGCUAUUGCUGUUGAACAAGGUUUAGGAAAUUUAUUAACAGGUUAUCUUUCUUCAUCUCGUGAAGAUGAAAGAGUUCUUUUGGAAAUUCUUUCAUGA